AUGUCCGCGAACUUCGGACGUCGGCUCUACGCCCAUUUUUGGAGGACAAAUCCUUUGAUGGGCCACAUACGACCGAAUCGCGUCUCUUCCCCGAAUAUCUCAAGCAGGGUCUUCGACUCGUUUUUCGCCAGUCAUCGGCGGUUAUCAACACCAUCCGCAAAGCCCACCCAUCUGACUCGCCGAGUUGCAUCUGGAGGAUUCUUCGUUCUCGGGAUCUCUCCUAGCUCCACGGCAGCAGAAACCAGCGCAGCUUGUAUUAUAUCCUCCAACAAGCUUACCGCGCAAUAUAUCUGGAAGCGACCGUUGCAUACCCCAAAUGACCAGCGAUCCAUAGGACCCGCCCAAGAAAGCUCCCACCCUUCGAAAGACGAUGAUACUCCGCAGAAAAUCCAAAAGUCCGACACCGGGUCCUCCAACGGCGGUCUUCGUAAAGCGUCUGAAUCCCAACACCCAGCCCAACCAACAUCUAAUCGCCACUUGAUGGAUCGUCUACCGCACAUGCCACAUCUCCAUCGCCCAACAAAAGAGGAGCUUUUAGCUGCAGCAACUGGAUUCUGGUCUCGUUUGAAAGUACGAUUCAAGUGGUUCUCCAUACGAAGUGUUCGGCCUUUCAAUUUGGAUGAAAUCACAGCCCUUUUCUCAUGGGUUUUGCUGGGUCAUGUAGUUUGGGUGGUGGUCGGAACUACAACAUUUUUCUCACUUCUAAUCCUUGCUAUUAAUACCGUCUUCGCACAAGAAACUUUGGCUGGAUGGGUUGGUAACUAUCUUACCAAAUCAUCAGGAGUGAAGGUUGUCUUCGAAUCUGCCAUUGUGCCUAAGUGGCGAAAUGGUGUGAUUACGUUCAAAAAUGUGUUUGUUUCAAGACGUCCCGGUCAGGGUACUGGACAUGUCAGUAAAGGUUCUCCAACAACUGCUGCUGCUGCUGCCGCCGCCGCCGCGCGUCGGGAACACGGACUUGAAGAUUCAUCGCCUGACUUUGAAGAGGAAGAUACCAACUAUACUCAAUUUGACCUCUCAAUCGAGACAGUCAAUGUCACAUUGUCUUUCGCCAAGUGGCUCAACGGAAAAGGUCCUCUCCGGGAUGUGGAAGUGAAAGGAAUCCGGGGAGUUGUUGAUCGUCGGCAUGUCUUCUGGCCAGAAGAAGACCUCGAUCCCAAAUCUUACCGACAUGAGCAUAAUCCUGGUGACUUCGAGAUUGACUCGUUCAAAAUGCACGAUGUAUUGGUUUCGAUCUACCAACCAGAUAAUUUCAGACCCUUCUCUGUCAGCAUUUUUUCCUGCGACCUCCCUCAGUUACGGAAACAGUGGCUUUUCUAUGACUUUCUUUCUGCCAAUAUGAUGUCAGGAUCUUUCGACAAUUCACUUUUCACCAUUCAUCCUCACCAAACCCAUGGCUUCACUGGAUCCCGGUCAAACCAAGGGGCGGAAGACGAUGGCAAGUCUAGUCCGUGGAAGAAACACAACCGGAUUCGAGUGGAUGGCCUUAACAUUGACCACCUGAAUCGAGGUGUUCAGGGUCCGUUCUCAUGGAUUCACGAGGGGACUGUGGAUAUUGUAGCCGAUAUCAUGCUCCCCGCCGAAAAUGACGAAAGUUUGGCCAAAGUCAUGGCCGACUUCUACGACCGGCUGGAAGCUACGGUCACUUCGAACCAGUACCCCGAGUCUCUCUCAGAGCAAUCUCUCGAGGACUCUGGCUCUUUAUCCGAUGAUGACAAGCGGUUUCUUGUGAUGGACUUGCGUGUGCAUCUUAACAACGUGCGGGCUGCGGUCCCCAUCUUCACCCGCGACCUUUCCUAUAUCAAUAACGCGUUGAUCCGUCCUAUCGUCGCAUACAUCAAUUCGAAGCGUACUUUUAUCCCCAUCAAUUGCCGCCUUGUCAAGCGGGUUGGUGACUUUGAUGGAAGUUGGACGAUCUUCGACAGUGCGUUGAUGGAUGACUUAUCAGCGGCGACGUACGAUGCGUUCGCUCGAGAUGUAGUGGACGAACAAGCCCGCAAGCGACGAUUUAAAAAAGUUGGGUUCUGGUCUCUUCAGCUGGCCGCCCAAGCCAUUUUCAUGGGCAUGGCAGGCAACAUUGCAUAA